AUGGCAAUGAAUUUCGUCACAUUUAACCAGGACUACAGCUACCUGGCUGUGGCAACAUCUAAGGGGUUUCAGAUCUUCACAACUGAACCCUUUGCCAAGAGCUAUGAAGCCAAGGAGGGAAAUAUUGCUGUCAUUGAGAUGCUGUUCUCAACCUCUCUUGUAGCCCUUAUCUUAUCGCCAAGACGUUUGCAGAUUCAAAACACUAAGCGACAAUGCACGAUAUGCGAAUUGACAUUUCCAACAACAGUUCUUGCAGUGAAGCUGAACCGCAAGCGACUUGUCAUUGUCCUUGAAGAUCAGAUCUAUCUCUAUGAUAUCCAGACCAUGAAGCUUUUGUCUACCAUUGAUACUUCACCAAAUCCUAACGCAAUUUGUGGCCUUGCGCCCUCCUCAGAGAAUUGUUACAUGGCAUAUCCUCUUCCACAAAAAGCCCCGGCAGCUGCAAAAACACCAGCACAUGCGCCUCCCGGAACAACACAUGUAUCUCCCACGAGCGGGGACGUCUUAAUUUUUGAUGCCGUGAAACUAGAAGCUAUCAACGUCAUCGAAGCCCAUCGCUCUCCUCUGGCACUCAUUGCGCUGAAUAGCGAUGGGACUUUAUUAGCUACUGCCUCAGAUAAAGGAACUAUCAUCCGCAUUUUCUCAGUUCCAGAUGGUCACAAGUUGUACCAGUUCCGACGUGGCUCCAUGCCGUCACGAAUCUACAGCAUGUCCUUUAACACCACAUCCACGCUCUUAUGCGUUUCAUCAUCCACCGAGACCGUCCAUAUCUUCAAGUUGACCCACCAAACACCAUCAUCCGAUGCUUCUUCGUCGCAUUCUCCUUCUGGCCGGGACCAUGGCUCACCGCAAAAUACCCAUGGAUAUUCACCCGAGGAGGAUGAAACCAACGGCGAGGCAGGCUCAGAUUCUUCGUUGCGGAAACACAACGGCACUUUUAUGGGGAUACUCCGCCGAACCUCUCAAAACGUUGGUGGCGCAGUUGCCGCCAAAGUGGGCGGAUAUCUUCCCAAGGGAGUCAGUGAGAUGUGGGAACCGGCGCGUGACUUUGCUUGGAUCAAAGUGCCGCGAUCGAACUCAGGCCCUGGUAGUAAUUCAGGCCCCGGGCCGAUGAGGAGUGUGGUUGCUAUGAGUAGCAACACUCCCCAAGUCAUGGUUGUCACUAGUGAUGGCAACUUCUACGUUUUUAAUAUCGAUCUGUCGAAGGGCGGAGAGGGAACUUUGACGAAACAAUACUCAGUUGUCGAUUCGAACGAUAGGCUGGGCUACACUACGGAGUACUGA